UAAAUUCCUAACUUAAGAACCUAACCGUAACCGUGCGGAUUAAAUCACAUAAGAAUGCCUAAAGUAGUGUCAAGGAGUAUCGUCUGUUCGGACAUUAAAGAUCAGGAGGAGUACAAUGAAACGAAACCACUGCACAUUUAUUAUUGUUUAUGUGGCCAAAUGUCCCUCAUUCUAGAUUGUACACUAGAUAGACUUCCACUCAGGCCCACAGACGGCGCAAGAGUUAUAGAUGGCUCAAAACACGCGCAUAAAAUAACAUCAGAUCCAGACGAAACAGUGUAUUUGAAACGUGAAAAAGGAAUCGAGAGGCAAUACAGGUUAAAAUGUAAGAAAUGUGCUAUUCCAAUAUAUUACAAGCACGACCAAGAGAGCAAUGUAGUGUUUAUAAUGGAUGGAGCACUAGUUCAAACAGUGGGUGAAGUUACAGACAUAUAUAAGCAAGUAGCAUUGGCUCAGCCCAAGAAAAUUAUGGUCACAAAACACACUAAGAACAUGGGUAAGUUCAGUUCUGUGACAGUGUCCACUAUAGACGAGGAAGAAGAUGAAAUUGAAGCUCGGGAAGUAGCAGACAGUUAUGCUAAUAAUGCUAGAAUAAUUGAGAAACAGUUGGAAAGGAAAGGUAUGAAUAAGCGUCAGGCUGAGAUGCCUGCUCAGAGCUCUACAGAAAAGAGAGUUAGAGGCACACUAAUAGAUAAAUAGAUCAAUAUCUUUAAAUAGCCAGUUAAAACAGAAUGUAAUGACAUUUGGAAGUAUGUAUAUGAUGUACAAAUUUACGUUUAAACUAUUUGUAUACUGAUGAAAUCCAUUCAUUUCUAAAUCGAAAAGAAAAAAUAAUAUAUGUAAUGAAGUCACAUUUUAAAUAGGUAUUUUAAAAUGAAUACCAGCCAAACACUGAUUUGUAAAUAUGUGUGAUAAUAAAGUAUUGCUCCCA